CCCAAUGUCCUAGUUUUAGCUGCUAGAAAAUCAAUGUGAAUCCCUUGAACGUCUAUUAAUAAGUCUAUGAUAAAAAGUCCUUUGGAAAGAUAACAGUGAUAUGAGUGGUUUAAGAGAUGAAUCUAUACAAUUCAAUCGAUGAAUGAUGUAACUCAUUAUAUGUAGAUUAUAAUGCAUUGAACCAUUUAAAUCGUCCUGAAUUCGAAAGGUCUAAGAACGCCAGCUAUUUGGGCGUCCUGAAUUCCAAACAUUUCCGAUCAACUGCGAAAAAGUAAUAUGGCAGACGAAGAAGAUCCAUGGGGUUUCGACGACGGCGGCGAGGAGGAGAAGGCGGCAUCCACCCAGGCGGGCACUCCGGCCCCACCCUCAAAAGCACCGAGUGUGGCAUCCGAUCACAAGGCUGAUAGCGUCGUGGCUGGCACUCCGGCCAACGAGGAGGCUGCUCCGGAAGAGGUAGAAGAAAUCAAAGCACCGCCGCCUCCGCCAGAAGACGAUGGUUACAGGAAACCGGUGCAGCUCUACCGCCACUGGGUCAGGCCGAAGUUUCUGCAAUACAAAUACAUGUACAACUACAGAACCAACUAUUACGAUGAUGUAAUUGACUAUAUCGACAAAAAACAAACUGGAGUGGCCCGGGAAAUACCAAGACCACAGACGUGGGCGGAACGUGUCCUGCGCACACGGAAUAUCAGUGGCAGUGACAUUGAUUCGUAUGCACCGGCAAAGAGGGACAAACAACUAAUUCAAACACUGGCGGCCUCGAUAAGAACUUAUAAUUACCACACCAAGGCAUAUAUCAACCAAAGGUAUGCCAGUGUCCUUUAGUAAGCGCACCUAAAUGUACCAAUAGAACCGUCGGACGAACGGAUGAGCACUCGUAGUUAUAUAAAGGGUAACCACCCAUUGUCAAAAGAUCCAUACGUACAUAUGUGUAUAGUCAGUCAGUAAGCGUUUGCAUAUCUGCGCAUCUCAAAACUCUGUAUCCUGAAUCUGCCUUAUGGAGUGGAGACCUUUCAAGAAAACGAAUAUUGUAUAUUUUUUCUUACAUGCGUAAUUUCUGUUAAUAUAUUGCCAUAUGUACUUAUUCAUAUAUAUUAACACAACUUACCUCUCAAUACAUGGUAUUUUUAAGGUUAUUUACUUCAUUUUUAGCAAAGUGAGUAAAUAAAACAAACCUAUUUAUAUUGUAAAGCUUAAAAUAAAAACUGUGCAAUAAAUAAAACUAAAU